AUGUGGCGCGUAAACGAGCACGGUCGACUUUAUGUUCAAGGAAAACCUUUAUCUCAUGACUUGAGAUUGUUGAUUAUCAAUAAAAUCAUUAAUAAUGGGGGUAAUCGUGCAACAGGCAUUUUCCAUGGAAAAUACACUGAUAUUGCUCGGCAGUUAGGGGUAUCUUCAGCUGUUGUAUCUAAUAUUUGGAAGCGCUACUGCGAAGAUGGUAGCAUUAGUCCGAAGAAAAAUACAGGUGGCAACCCAAGCCACCUUUCUCAAGGGGACCUACAAUACGUUGAAUGUCUGAAACAGCAGAAACCUACAAUUACAUACGAUGAAAUCAUGCAACAAUUGCACGAAUUUGGCGAUUUGCCGUACGGUACAACUUCAACGACAGCAUUGUCCGAGGCAGUUCGACAUCGGCUGCCUAGUGGUAAAGAGUACAGCUUUAAAAAGUUAAAUAUUGUCGCCCAAGAACGGUUUACGCUACAAAAUAUGGCAUACACACAGCUUUUCAUAGAUUACCUACAUGAGAAGGAUCCAUACACGCUAAAAUUUUUCGAUGAGUGUGGUCUCAAACUUCCUCAACACGCCUCGCGAACUUACGGACACGCUCCUAUUGGGGAACGAGCAAUUGAACUUCAACGAUACGCGGAAACGCCUAACACAACAGUCAAUCUUAUGUGUUCUUUGACAGGGGUCGAUUACGCCAACACAGUAAAUGGUAGUGCAGAUACUAUAGAUUUUCUUAGAUUUUUGGAAGAAGCUUAUCAUUCAGAAAACCCAAGAACUGCAAGACCUGUUUUAGAGCCAGGUUCAGUUAUAGUGAUGGACAACUGUGCCACCCAUCAUAACCAAGGCGGUCAAAUUCUACAAGAAUUUCUGAACGACCUGGAGAUUGAACUAGUAUACAUGCCUGCAUAUUCUCCGGACUUUAACCCUGCGGAAUAUGUGUUCGGUAAGAUGCGUACCGUCAUGAAAUACAGCUUCGGUAAUAACACUGACAUUACUGUCGCUCAAUGUAUCCAAAACAUGUACACUUCUCUGGAGUUAAUUUCCCCAAGUGACAUGAAAGGAUUUUUUGAAGUCACUGGUUACCUACAAGUUUAA